AUGUUUGCCGAGUUCUUUGCAUCGGGUGCAAAGUACCCGGGGUUGGAUGAAAAGCAGCUGAUCGACAAACUCCGAGAAUUACUUGAGAACAAGAGGUACUUGAUUGUUAUUGAUGACAUAUGGGACAAAAGAACAUGGGAACUAGUCAAGACCGCUUCGGUGUGUAAUAAUAAUGGAAGCAGGAUAAUCACAACUACUCGUAUACUCAAAGUUGCCACAAUGACCAGUGAAGUAUACAAGCUACAACCACUUUCUCCUUGUUUAUCCAAGGAGUUAUUUCAUAGAAGAUUAUCUUGUGAUGAAAUAGAAUGGCCUAAUCAUCUGCCUACAGAGGUAUACGAUAAAAUUUUACAUAAAUGUGGUGGUGUACCAUUGGCUAUAAUCACAAUAGCUAGUUUGCUCGUCGGUAAACCUAUGGAGUUUUGGUCUAAGGUAUACACUUCAAUUGGUUUCAGGCAUGAAGAAAAUGAACACGUGGAGAACACGAGACAAAUACUUUUAUUUAGCUAUUAUGAUCUGUCUUGUCACCUAAAGACUUGUUUAUUGUAUCUGAGCAUAUACCCCGAAGAUAAUCUGAUUGAAAAAGAUAGUUUGAUAUGGAAGUGGGUCGCCGAAGGUUUUAUCCAUGAGGAACCAGGGGUAGGACUAUUCGAGAUUGGUGAGAGGUACUUCAACGAGUUGGUGAACAAAAGCAUGAUAAUGCCGGUAGAGGGGUCCCUGUAUCUUGGCAUCAAAAGGCAUGUUGGCAUCAUAACUGGAUGCCGCAUCCAUGACAUGAUUCUGGAUAUGAUAUGCCUAUUGUCAAAUGAACAAAAUUUUGUUACUGUAUUAGAUAAUAACGAGCAAUAUACAACUUCACAUUGCAAUGCUCAUAGGCUAGCCGUUCAUCGUAGAGUUCAACCCUUGGCUAGCACAUCCGCAUCACGAGCAAGGUCACUUAGUGCCAUGUGCAAUGCUGAGAUGUUGCCAUCACUUUCAUGCUUUGAAGUUUUGCGUGCCCUAGCUUUAGAAGGCCCCACUAAUUCGUGCAACCCUGACCAUCUUGAGCAUGUUGGAAAUUUAGUUCACUUGAGGCACCUUAAACUAGCAAGCAUGGGCAUCUGUGAGGUCACAAAGGAAAUAGGAUAUCUAAAGUUCUUGGUGGUAUUGGACCUGGGUCGAAAUAGCAUAAGUGAACUUCCAGAGAGUAUUGGUCGACUAAGUAAACUCAAGUGCUUGAACAUCUGCCAAACAGACAUUAAAGUGCCAUAUUGGAUCACGAAUCUGACUUCCCUAGAAGAGCUAUGUCUAUAUAAAGUUGAUGAGCAAUCGAACUUUGUGACGGAGUUGGGCAAGUUGAUAGAGUUGAGGAAGCUCCGCACUUCUAACACUUUAGAACUAUGGAGUGACAGCGCAAGGAAUGCUUGGGCGGAGUCUAUAGCUAAACUGAAUAAGAUCCAAGUCAUUGACAUUAAUGUUAUUGGUUCGUUUAGAGUUCCUGGUGAUGAGAGCCCCUGGAAACGGUAUGCCCUCUCUCCACAACUCCGUGUUCUACACAUGGCCUAUGGAGAACCUGGGCCAGUUGCAAGGAUCAAUCCACGGCUUCUUCCAAACCUCUCCCAUUUGGAACUAUUUGUAUACACUUCGGAACUGGAGGUCUUUGCAAGUUUCCGAGAGCUUGUUACCCUCAAGCUAUGCACGUGGUCAGCUCUCCAUCAUGACACCAUGGGCGGUGCCGGUGCAUUCCCCAAGCUGAGGGUAUUCAAGACAGAAGCAACGAUUGGCUCGUUUCUAGAGGGUGAUAUGCCCAUCCUUGAAUCUCUCCAGUUCCGCGUGGUUGCGCAGUCCAAUGAUGAUGGCAUCAGCUUUGACUUUGACUUUGAUAGCCUAAGGAACCUCCCUUUGCUUCAGUCUGUCAGAGUCUUUUUAUUUGCCCAUCCAGCGGACCACAAGAAGGCUGAGGAAAUGAUGAGGCGUGCAAUUGAUAUGCUUCCCAACCGUCCCAGCCCUCGCAUCCAUUCAUAUGAUAUAAUAAUAAAUAGGAGGUAA